CUUCAGGUUAAAAUUAGGCGCUUCAAAUUUUACCUGAAGACACACUUUCAGCAUUUAUUUGAGGGAAUAGCAAAGCAAGGAAAUCCUACACUCCUUCGAGAAAUCUACACAGAGCUCUUCAUCACAGAAGGUGGAAGAGAAGAGAUCAAUAAUGAACAUGAGGUCAGACAGAUCGAGACAGCAUCCCAUAGACCAGCACCACCAGAGACACCAAUACAAUGCAAUGACAUCCUUAAACCCUUACCUGGACAAGACAAACCCAUCAGAACUGUGCUGACUCAGGGAGUCGCUGGCAUUGGAAAAACAGUGUCUGUGCAGAAGUUCAUUCUGGACUGGGCUGAAGGAAAAGCCAAUCAUGACAUCCACUUCAUAUUUCCACUUCCUUUUUGGGAACUCAAUUUGAUGAAGGAGAAAAAACUCAGUUUAAUGGAUCUCCUUGAACGUUUUUUUCUUGAAAUAGAAGAACUCAAAGACACUGACUAUGAGAAACACAAAAUCAUGUUUAUCUUUGAUGGUUUGGAUGAAUGUCGACUUCCUCUGGAUUUCCACAACAAUGAGAUCCUAUGCAAUAUAACAGAACCAACCUCAGUGGAUGUUCUGCUGACAAACCUCAUCAAAGGGAAUCUGCUUCCCUCUGCUCUCCUCUGGAUAACCUCCAGACCAGCAGCAGCCAGUCAGAUCCCUUCUGAGUGUGUUGACCAGGUGACAGAGGUACGGGGGUUUAAUGACCCACAGAAGGAGGAGUACUUCAGGAAAAGAAUCAGUGAUCAGAACCUAGCGAAUAGAAUCAUCUCACACAUCAAGUCAUCAAGGAGCCUCCACAUCAUGUGUCACAUACCAGUCUUCUGUUGGAUUUCAGCCACUGUUCUGGAGACAAUGUUGGGGGGAGCAGAAAAUGGAGAGAUUCCAAAGACCUUAACUCAAAUGUACACGCACUUCCUGAUUAUUCAGAUAAAUAUUAAAAAGAACAAAUAUGAGGAGGGUAUUGAAACAGACAAUGAAAUUAUUUUUAAACUCGGGAAACUUGCCUUUCAACAGAUAGAGAAAAGGAACCUGAUCUUCUAUGAGGAAGAUCUGAGAAAGUGUGACAUUAAUGUUACAGAAGCAGCAGUCUACUCUGGAGUGUGCACCCAGAUCUUUAGAGAGGAGUUUGGGUUGUACCAGGGGAAGGUGUAUUCUUUUGUUCACCUGAGCAUUCAGGAGUUUCUUGCUGCUUUAUUUGUGAUCCUGUGCUUCAGUGACAGAGAUGAUGCAGAACAACAAAAAUACACUGAACUUUCAAGUGUCUUCAGCAUGGAGACAAUGUCAGACCUACUCAAGAGUGCAGUGGACAAGGCCUUACAGAGUGAGAACGGACACCUGGACCUUUUCCUCCGCUUCCUUCUGGGUCUCUCACUGGAGUCCAAUCAGUCUCUCAUAGAAGGGCCACUGACAACGAGAAGGUUCAGCUCUCAGAGCAAAGAGGAAACAGUCAAAUACAUCAAGGAGAAGAUCAGAGAGAAUCCAUCUCCAGAGAAAUCCAUUAAUCUGUUCCACUGCCUGAAUGAGAUCAAUGACCACUCUCUUGUUGGGGAAGUGCAAACAUACCUUGCGAGGAGUGGUGUUCUAUGCCUCAAUGGAGCGGUACUUUCUCCCACUCAGUGGUCAGCCCUGGUCUUUGUGUUGCUGACAUCAGAAGAGAAGCUGGAUGAAUUUAAAUUAACAAAGUAUGAGCAAUCUGAGUCAUGCCUGCUGAGACUUCUGCCAGUGGUCAUAGCAUCCAGAAAAGCUGAACUGAGUGGUUGUGAUCUCACAGAAAGAAGCUGUGCAGCUCUGGCCUCAGUUCUCAGCUCAGUCUACUCCAGCCUGACAGAGCUCCACCUGAAUAACAAUGACCUGCAGGAUUCAGGGGUGAAGCUGCUCUCUGUUGGGUUGAAAAAUCCACACUGUAAACUGGGAGUGCUCAGGAUGAGGAGGUGUCGCCUCACAAAGGAAAGUUGUGAAACUCUGGCUUCAGUUCUAAGAUCCAACUCCUCUGCCCUGAGAGAACUAGACCUGAGUUGCAAUGACCUGCAGGAUUCAGGAGUGAAACUGCUCUCUGCUGGCCUGGGGAAUCCACAUUGUAAACUGGAGAUAUUGAGUCUGUGGAAUUGCAGUAUAACAGAGGACGGUUGUGCUGCUUUGGCUUCAGCUUUAGGGUCAAACCCUUCACACCUGAGGGAGCUGAAUCUCUAUGUAAACAAACCAGAAUACCCAGUGUCUCUUUUUUUCACCGCUUUACUUUAUGAGAAUAAACUGGGAGAUUCAGGAGUGAAUUUGCUCUCUACUCUACUGGAAGAUCCACACUAUAAAUUGGAAAAACUGAAGUGA